AUGGAUGAAGGAAUCUACAUAAAAUAAGUGAUUGUAAAUGAUAUGGUUGAAAUAUCUGAUUAGUAAUGAAAUAACUAUCAUAAUUAGGAUAUUAUCAUAGAAUGCAAAAGAUGAAUCUUUAGAACACUUGUAUAAUUCAAUUAUUUAGCAUUAAUCAAAAAAUGGAUAAAGUGAAUAUAAUGAAAAAGAGUCUUCAAAGAAGAAACUCAAUGAUCUUAAGUAGUAUUAUUAAUGUUUUUAGAUUUUCCUUUUCUGAAGACAAAAGAAUCUUAGAAUUAGUUUAAUAAGUUGGUCCAAAUUUUAAUAGCAUUGUUAAAUAUUUUCCAGGGAAAACAAUGAAUAUGAUAAAAAAUAGAUAUUACAAAAAGUUAAGAUACAUAAAGGAUGAUUAUUUGAAUGAGAAAGAGAAGGGUAGAGGUAUACGGAAAUAAAGAAAGACUAAUUGA